UAAUUUGAGUGAGCGACGACAAAAUUGUUGUUUUCGAGUAUUAAGCACGUGUUUUUUUCCACUCCGACAUGUCGGCAUCACCGAUGGCAAGACAAGUGACCGAAAGUAAGGCCAUUCCGACCAAAAAAGUCCUUAUCAACGACCCUUCUGAACUGCCAUCGCACUACUCCUCCACACCAGGAGGCACCCUCUACUCCACUACUCCGGGAGGUACGAAAAUAGUCUAUGAGAAGGCAUUCUUAAUGAAUUUACGCAACUCUCCCAUUUCGAAAACUCCUCCAAGUUACGGAAUCCCUGAAAACUUGAUGCGAGGCAAAACGAAUGGAAGCGCCCCCAUCAGACGGUUUUCACCUCCGACCAAAAACCACUCAGCGAAAAUUGAAGAUUCGCACGACGAACACCAGUUCCAAAUCGACAUUUAGUUUUACGUUUUUCUCUAGUUUAGUUUUUUUUUGUAUUGUGAGAGGAUACUCGAAGUCAGACUUGAUCUUGUAUUAUCUGAUCAAAAGAUUGAGUUUUAUUGUUAUAAAAGUUAAAACGUAGAAAAUUGACAACUGAUAAGGGAUUUUACAAUGGUGAUAAGUCGCACAACGACUUAAUUAUACGCAAACAAAGGGAGGACAUAUGCCCGCUUUAA